AUGGAACUUGGAACGAAAUCCACCCUCCUUACCUUUAAUGUCCUGCCUCUCCCUGAGCUCAUCUCUGACCACUUUCCCAGUUCACGUCACUCCCGCAGCACUGGCGUUCAUUUGGUUCUGAUUACAUUCCGACGUGUGGCCUGUGCUCUAGCUGUGUCUUCCUCCUGGAACAUUGAGUCCUGUAACCAUCUCAAGGACUCUCGUGUCAUUCAAGCAUCAGCUGGUUGCCACUUGCUCAGAGAGCCCUUCUCUGAGCCCUCCAUUCUCCUUCAGCUCGACCACUGGCUCCACAGCAAAUCUCUGAGUAAUGAAGAAAACUUGAAACUAUUUGGGAAAUGCAACAAUCCAAAUGGCCAUGGGCACAAUUAUAAGAUUGAUUCUGUUACAGGAAUGGUUAUAAAUUUUACCAACCUCACAGGGUAUAGAGAGGAGGCAAUUAUGAAGCCCCCUGAUCAUAAGAAUCUGGUUUUUGAUGUGCCAUACUUAGCACAUGUUGUAAGCACCACAGGAAAUGUAGCUGUAUAUAUCUGGGGAACUCAGAAAUUUCUUCCUGUGGGAAUUCUUUAUAAAAUAAAAGUAUAUGAAACUGAGAAGACUGUAUAG